AGAUGCUUAAUUUCAGCCUGUGGUUUCACUGAUGUAAUAAUUCACCGAAGGCCUGCACAAGGCCCUGUGCAAUGAGUAAGUUGUUCUGUAGUCCCGUGCGUUGGAUAGAGUGACCAUAGCCCAAACUGGAGAGGUUACCUCUGCUCCAAUUCUAAUGAGGCCAGCACUGAGAUGAGCUUUUGAGAGAGGUCCAGAGAGAAACCAUUCACUUUCCACUGAUGUGGAUCUAGUCGCCAGGAACCCCUGCCUAGAGGGACAGCAGCAACCAUUCCAGUCUAGAAACUCGACUGGGGCAAGCAAUGGGGGUACAUGGAGUCCCAAAGUCUUUCCCUAAAUUGGAAGAGGGUAGAAUUUUAACCUCUCCCUUCUACCCCUGCCCACGGACACCAUGCAGAACACCGCAAAGAAUGUGUAAUCAGGGUUUUUAAUUCAUAAGAAGCAGCAGCUUGAAACCAAAUAACCGCUGAAGAACCAAAAUAUGGCCAGUAAUCACUGCCAUUACUGCAUGGAAUCCCUUCUUGGCAGGAGGUAUGCAUUCAGAGAAGAGAAUUCUUACUGUGUUACAUGUUAUGAUGGCCUAUUUGCUAACUCCUGUGAAGAAUGCAAGAAGCCCAUUGAAUGUGAUGCCAAGGAUCUCGCCUAUAAAGGCCGUCACUGGCAUGAAGCGUGCUUCAAGUGUGCCAAAUGCAAUCACUCUUUGGUGGAAAAGCCUUUUGCUGCCAAGGAUGAGCUCUUGCUGUGUACUCAGUGUUAUUCUAAUGAGUAUUCAUCAAAGUGCUUCCACUGUCAGAAGGUCAUUAUGCCUGGGUCUCGUAAAAUGGAAUUUAAAGGAAGUUGCUGGCAUGAAACCUGUUUUGUUUGUCAGUACUGCCGGCAACCAUUAGGAACAAACCCUUUGAUUACCAAAGACAAUGAGAAUUAUUGUGUGCCAUGUUUUGAGAAGCAGUUUGCUCACCACUGCUACUCCUGCAAGAAGAUGAUAACUACUGGUGGAGUGACAUAUCACGACCAGUCAUGGCACAAAGAAUGCUUUCUGUGUGCUGGAUGUAAGAAGCAGCUGUCAGGGCAAAAGUUCAUUUCCAAAGAUGAUCAUCCAUACUGCCUAGACUGCUUCAGAAAGCUUUAUGCAAAGAAGUGUGCAGCCUGCAACAAACCCAUUACUGCUCUUGGAGGUGCCAAAUUUAUCUCAUUUGAAGAGCGCCAGUGGCACAGUGACUGCUUUAAUUGUGUGAAAUGUUCCAUUUCGCUGGUGGGACAUGGAUUUCUCACCCAGCAAGAUGACAUCCUCUGUCGUGAAUGUGGUUCUGCUGCAUAGUUAGCGAGAGACGCAUUAUUCUCGCAUGCUGUAACCAAGUACUUCCUUACCCUGCAGUCAGAAAUUCAUUUAAAGUCCAUAAGAGUUAUUUAAUCAUUCAAGUUGCUUUCCAACAGCAGUUCAGUUCUGUCACAGUGCUCAGCUGCUACAUGCAUGCCUUAUAUCUUGUAAAAAGAUUUUUACACAGUUCUGGUUAAGAAAACAUUUCCAAAGAAAUUUCUAUAUAUAUAUAUUUUAAUGGAGAUACAGUAUGUGUGUCCUUGUAAAACAGUGCACUCUGCUAUUGGGAGCUUUAGCAUUUUAUAUUAUAUAAUCUAAGAAUGACUAUGAAAAAUCUGUAUUUGGAAGACAUAAUAGAUGAUCUCAUUGAAGAAAACUUAUACCAAUACUCUACUGAUGCAGACACUCAGGUGGAAAGUGGUGGUGGUGCAUUCCCCACUGGGCCACAAUAUUUAAUCUGAACAAUGUCCCCCUUCUCUCUGUGCCUCAAGGCUGCUGGGCAGACAAAGGAGGCUGCUGCCAAAGCAGUCAUUUCACUACAUGCAGACGGUAGGGGGUUGUUGUACAGAAAGGAAAGACUUCCACCACUCCAGAGGGGGUGCUACUUCUCCACCUUGAAAGACAGAAAGGAGUAGGAGAAAUGGCUGCCCACCAGCAGAGAGAGUCAAGAGUCCACUCCAUGGCCAAGAGAGUGAGGUGAGGGGACAGAAGGCCGUUUCCUCCAUAAUUUACACUGCUGGAUACACUAUAGGGCAAUUAAAAAGCUGUAUAAUCUUUGCUCCAAGUUGCAAGUCAGAAUUCCUUCGCACCACGCUAUGCUUAAUCAAUGACCUACUCACUUUUUCCAGUUCUCUGAUUCUCAAUAUACUGAAUGUUAACUAAGCAGUUUGCAAAAAUGUGGGGCUUAGCCAAGCAAUUAAUUAUGUCCAUAUUGCAUAUUUCCACUACAUGCAUCCAACGAAGUGGGUAUUCACCCACAAAAGCUCAUGCUCCAAUACGACUGUUAGU